CCAGUUAAAGUAUUCACCAGUAACAACAACCCCUAUUCGUGUAAGCCGUUAAGCGUUAUAGGUUCAGACUGGAGAAGAUCUGAUCUCCAACUGUUGCAGAUAUAAUCGCAUUAUCUGCAGGAUUCCAGAUAAGUAGUCGCACUACGAAAAAUCCAAAUUCCAUACAGAAAUUAAACAAUCUACAGUAUGAAGAUGAAGAUUGGCUGGUUUCGAAUACUUUCUCAAUUGACUCCCACUGUCCACUACAAUUCCUUCGCUAAACCACAUAUGACAAUAUAGAAUGAGUGGUUCAAUUGUGCGGGCUUUGAACUGGGACUCGGGCUACGAGCAGCAGUUUCUUGCUGUGAAUCCAAUUGGAGACGAAGUCCUUCUCUACCAGACUAAUCAUGAAGACCCAGGGAUCGAGUCCAAUGACUUGAUCAAGUUGAACAGCCGAACGGGGUUCGAAAACAUACAAUGUUCGUCGUACUCGAUGAUUAACCGAGGGAUAACUGGAGUCGGUUCCAUUUCCGGAAACAUCUCUAUCUUCGACAUCAAUUCUAACAACUCGUCGAUUCUCAAAUUGAGACCCAAACAGAAUCGUCCAUGUAAUGCGAUUUCCUUCAACAGCAGUAACUUAAUAGUAGCAGGUUUUGACAAGGGCCGUCAGGACAAUUCGUUGCAAAUUUGGAACAUCGAGCAUUACUCACGAAACAGUACUAAUGAGCAUAUAAAAAGACCUGUGGCUACAUACUUACCCAAUGAGGCUAUCUUGCUGUCUAUAUUCUAUCCUGACAGAGAAGGCAGUAUACUCUGUGGUUCAUACAAAUUUUUGCGUGAAAUAGACCUACGUGUGGACCAGCCGAUUUUCCAGAUGGCGACAAAAUGUACGUUGGGUUUAGCAGUAGACCAUUUCCGAACCCAUUUGUUUCUGUCGUUCAGUGAAGAUGGUUCUUUAGCCAUUUGGGAUAGACGGAAAUUGACAUCGAAUACGGCGGUUAAACCUAAAGGUCCUCUCACGUCAGGAAAUGUCAUCACCGAAACUCCAGUAUUGCAAUUCGUAAAAUUACUCAAUGAUUCAACUUCUCGAAAGAACCAGAAUCCUUGUGUACGAUAUUCUACUAUCAGAAAAGGUGAGUUUUCAGCUAUAUUCAACGGAGAUUUGAUUAGAAGAUGGAAUACAGGCAUAGUUCCAGCAACCAGCUCAACCUCAAUCUCGGAGAAGAGUUCUAGGGAGAGUAAUCCUACUCUUGCCAGCUUGCAACAACAAUCGCAACAACUAUACAAACCUACUGAUGAGUCUCUAUUUGUGUCACUAGUAUUGGAUGUAAAGACAGACUAUGAACGUGUAGUUUCGUUUGAUUAUUCGCCAGAUAUCACAUCUGCUACUUCAACUAAUUUCGUAUGUAUGCGCCAAUCCGGUUCGGUGUUUAGAAUGCCAGCUGUAGAAUGCAUUGAGUCCCUUGAUUUCAACUCUCUUAACGAGUUUACAAUCGCUGGACCUGAGGGAACAUUGACCAAGUUUUCGGAUCAGGAGGAACUAGCUAAGACAGCAUCGAAUCUUAACAAACUCGCUGAUCUAGGCAUUAUUGACGAAACAAGAAAGUACAGCGAGGCAGAGUUUUCCGAAGAUAUUGAGUCCACUGUAGAUGAUGAAAGUGCCAUUGCUCCUUAUGAAGCUGAUAAUGCCAAUAGAUACAACUUUGGCGAUCUUGAAGUAGAUAUACAUUUAAACGAUAUUCUUGAUGCAUCGGCUGUUAUACAUAGCGACAUCUGCUCCACAAUAAGAAAAAGAGCAAUACUAGGCUAUGGUGUCGAUUGCGACAGAAACAUUCGCGUUUUGGAAGACUUGGACUCUCUCAACAGUCAACUUUUCUUGAGGAACACCUGGAAGUGGUUGGGGUUGGCUAAGAAGUCCUUGGAAAAGGGUACCAUGAUCUCCGAAGGGAUUGACUUGGGGUAUCAGGGAGUAUUGGGAAUCUGGGAAGGAGUAAAAGAAAUGGAUAACCAGAAACGGUCUGUGCCUGAAGCGGGUCUAAUAACCGAUGGCUGGUUUUCCCAUGCUGUCAAGUCUAUUGUUUCAUCUAAGGGAAAGAAGACAGCUGGUAUCAAUAUCGCUAGUAACAGCGAAAAAAAGGCGCAACGGAAACUUUGUUUAAUUGUCUCUGGGUGGUAUUUGGCAGAUAGUGAAUUUGAGGAGAAAUUGAAUAUUUUGAUUUCUUUAGGAUACUCAGAAAAAGCUGCUGGUUGGGCAGUUUUCCAUGGCGAUGUGCCUAAAGCUAUUGAAAUUCUUGCCAAUGCGAAAAAGGAAAGAUUGCGAUUGAUGUCUACGGCUGUAGCUGGUUAUUUGGCAUACAAAGAUUCCAACGUUAAUAGUCCGUGGAAAGACCAAUGCCGGAAGAUGGCUUCAGAGUUGGACGAUCCAUAUCUCAGAGCCAUUUUUGCGUUUAUUGCAGACAAUGACUGGUGGGACGUGCUUGAUGAACAUUCGUUGCCGUUGAGAGAAAGACUAGGUGUAGCCCUCAGGUUCCUUUCAGAUAAGGACUUGAAUGUUUACUUACACAGAAUCGCCGAUACUGUAGUCAACAAAGGCGAAUUGGAAGGGCUCAUUUUGACCGGAAUUACACCUCGAGGAAUCGACUUGUUGCAGAGCUAUGUAGAUAGAACCAGCGAUGUCCAGACUGCAGCAUUGAUUGCCGCGUUUGGGAGCCCCAGGUAUUUCUCCGACGAACGAGUAAGGCAUUGGAUUGAUUGUUACAGAAGCUUGUUGAACAGUUGGGGACUCUUUAGUGUACGAGCCAAAUUUGAUGUAGCUCGUACUAAGCUUUCCAAGAAUGCCGCUGGCACUUCGACCAUUAAACCUUCGCCAAAGCAGGUUUACUUACAGUGCUCCAGAUGUAACAAGAAUUUAUCAAAAUCGAAGACAACUAACUCCAACAGUCUUCCUGGUUCGAACCCUCAGGCAAUCAUCAAACAAUUCAACAAAAUGAACCACCACAACAAUAAUAGUAGCAAACUGGCUACAAAUGACAUUGCUGCUUGUCCUCAUUGUGGUGCUCCGCUUCCUCGUUGUUCUGUUUGUUUGCUUACCUUGGGUACACCUCUUCCAUUGGAGCCAUCCGAGAAAAUCCAGGAAGUCACAUUGGCCAACAAAAUCGAAAACAGAUUUAGAGAGUGGUUCAGUUUCUGCUCUAGCUGCAACCAUGGCUGCCAUGCACAUCAUGCUGAGGAGUGGUUUUCCAAGCACUACGUUUGUCCUGUUCCGGAUUGUAAUUGUAGAUGUAACAGUAAAUGA